AUGUUAACUGUAAAGAUACUUACGAUUUUUUUAGUGUAUAUUUUACAAGAAAACGUUCAAGCUUUAAGUUUUCCCGGCCCUCGAGUAUAUGUUGUCACGCCGUCACCACGGCCAUUCCAAGUGAAUAGUGCCAAUUCAGCUCCAUUCUAUUAUCAUAAUUGGAUGCGCAGAAUGGACACUGAGGAAAAUAACGCAACUAGUACUACUACAACACCAAAAGUGGAAACGCCUGAUUUAAUAUUUGCGGAAUUCGAGUCGGAUGGAAGCAUGAAGAAAUCGAUAAGGAAAUUAUUGGAGAAAGAAAGAAUUGCACCAUCGACGUCUACAACACUACAGCCAAUUUAUGUGCCCGAUGAAGAAAGCGAAAAAGUUACACGUAUUGUCAAUUACGGAUUGCCAGUUUCGACAUUGGAAGAAAAAAAUGAGACGCCGAAACCUGAAAAUUACAACAAUAAUUAUUUUUCCAUGGAUGAAAACUUUUACAACGAUGCUUCUGCUCCCGAAUAUGUGCCGACUACUAAAAGACCUGUAACUGUUACAACGACGACAUCUACAACAACGAAGACUUCAUCACCAAUAAACGUGGAAAACAUUUGGCAUAUUAUUGAUAAUGAGAAAUUUAACCAACAUUCUGGCAAUUGGGACGAAGUCUUUGAUGAUACAUCUAAUAAUGCCAAUGAAAAUGUUCCAGAAAAUAGCGAUAGUAAUACUGAAAAGGAAAAUGAUGAUAAGAAAAUUGGUAAACAUGACGAAGAAGUGAAAUUAGAUGAUAAUUUCGCUUUGCCCGGAUUUGCUACUAAUCCUGGAAGUGGAGCUGAAAAUGAAUCGCGAGCUAUCCGUACUGAACCAAACCUUCGAUUUCCCUAUAUUAAUUUGAAACCAUUUCAAAUGAAAUCUUUGAAGAAGCCAAUAUUAGAUGUUUUGUCGAAUAACAAAAAGGGAAAUAAUUUAUACAGCAACUUAGACAACUUCUUUGAUUUGAAAAAUCCCGUACGAGGGGAAGCUCAUGACAUUGGUGCCGUAUCCAUGGAACAACCUGCUCCCAAUAAUCAACCCAUUGAUCGUUACAACCCAGCACAGCCUUAUUUACCACAAGCGUAUGGUAGUAAGGCAUCCAAACCAGCACCUUCAGUAUAUUCACCCCCAAAAGCCACAGCCAAUUUAGUCCCUCCACCGCCACCAGCAUCGACAGGAAAUGAUUUUCCAACACCAACAAGCUACGAGUCAUUCCCACCGUAUGCACCUUCUGGGCCUAAUUUUGGACCUCUGUCACCGCCAGCACCAAUUCCUGCAUCUCCACCAAUACCUGUGCCUUCAUCACCCGUCGAUACUCCACCAAGCGACUCAAUGGAUUCAUAUUCAGGACCAAGCAGCAAUGAUGGACCAUCAAUGGAUCUUGGAUAUCGUUAUAAACCCCCAUCUGCGCCAUCGCCUCCCCAAUUUUUACCAACUGUAGCACCAGUCAGCAAACCAUUUAAGGGCUAUUCAUAUGAUAAGCCGCCAAUGCCAAGCAACGAUGCGCCAAUGUCAAUGGACGAAAUGCCAGAUUUUCAAGGAUACGAUUACAGCAAACCUAGUUCAGGAUCACAGUUACCGACUAAGGAAUAUGAUUCACCACCAAGUUAUGGUUCUUCUGAUUCAGGCCCAAGUUAUGGCCAUGGAGAAUCUCCACCGGAACAUCAUGACUCAGAUUACCCUGAGUUAAUAUUUAAUAAACACCACGGACAUAUGGGAGAUGACAGUGGCGGUGAUGUUAAAGGUGCCGAUGCUGGUAUGAUGCCUCCACCAGAUAUGAAGCCGGAUUCUUAUGGACCACCAUCCGACUUUCACGGGUAUCCAGGUGAUUUCCCAGGAGAUUUCAAAUUACAUCAUGAUUUUGAUCACGAUCACGAUUUCCAUCAUCAUCAUCAUCAUCCAGAACCAACCACCACAGAAAUGCCAAGAGUAAACAGGUUCAGUUAUUACUACUUAGGCAAAAAACUCUACUAUUUGCCAUUGUAUUUCAGUGUUUACUUUAUUGUGUACGUAGGAGCUUUAAUCAUUAAAGCGGUCCUUCGACACAAAAUCGUGUAUCCAAACAGUUGGAGACCAAACACGACAACUGCCACGUUCUUCUCGAAGAGAUCUGUGGACGAAUUCCUUUCCAACGAAAACCUGCAUGAAAUGACUGGAAAAGUAACCCACGCAAUCGCAACUGCCGCACAAAAAUACAUGAACACCAAGAAAAAACUUGCUUAAUUAAAACAUAUAUUUCAUAAUAGUUAAGUGUAUAUAAAACAAAUCUAUUGAUUUAAGGAUAUGAAUUUAUGAUGUUGAGAUCUGGACAUAUUUAAAACAAUGUUAUU